AAGCGUUGAAUGAUUUGUCACAUAUGUUUACCAAGCGUUCCAAUUCAAGAUCUGCACCUUGUACUAUAUUUACCACAUUAUCACCUCGACAAAUGGCAAACAAAGCGUAUACGCUUGGAUGUAAAAAACUUGACCGUGAUGAUAAAAGAUCUAAACCUCAGUAUGGUAUGCGAGAACGACUUUUGUUAUGCAAUACGAUAGCCAAAGCAGAAGAAGUAUUAAGCACACGUACUCGGCGUACGAAUCGACGCGUGAUGGCAGCUGAAGAUGAAGAAGAUGAAAACAAUGCCUUCUCUUCAAGGCCAAUUCAACAUCAUGAGCAUCAUUCGCCCUUAAGACAGUCCGAAGAAGAAGAAGAAGAAGACGAAGAACAAGAAGAAUCUAUACCCAUUUCCAUUCAUCAUGCACUAUCAGACAAAUUACACUGUAGAAAUUUUAUUGCCAGUCAUAGUCAUACGAAUGCCAUUACAAUCUAAAUAAAUGUUCCAAUGGAGAAUUUUAGUUGAGAUC